AUGUCUCGUAUAUUUGUAAUAAUAUUUCUUGUUAAAACUAUUUAUUGUCAAGAGUAUCAAAAUGCUGUGGAAGGUGGUAGUUGGCAAGUGGUUGUGCCUGAGAUCAAUGGUGCAGCAAUUGGAAAAAGUCUUGGUAUGCAAACUGUUCAUGCAGUGCUUCUUCCUUCCGGUGAUGUUCUUGUUGCUAGUGGAAGCAGUUGGCGUAAUCGUGGUCCAAUUGAAACAUUUCCUCAAUCGGAUGAUCCUAAAGGCAGUGAAGGAGUUUUUCAAUUACGAGAAGAUCCAUUUCAAAUGGAAAAAAUCGACGAUUAUUUUCAAUUAGUUAACAAUGUUGGUGUUUAUAAUCCUGACAAAAACACAUUUUUUCGUGUACCACAUCCUACACCAGUUCCCGAUCCAAAAUGGUCGGAUCAUUUUGCUCCUAAUGAUUUAUUUUGUACUGGACAUCUCCAUAUAUCUGAUGGCAAUGUAUUAUUUGUCGGUGGAACACAAUAUUAUCAUCCAUAUCGUACAGGCAAUCGUGCAACCUAUCUAUAUGAUUGGCGUAAACAUGCUAACAUUUCUUGGAAUGAAGUUGAUUGGAGACGUAUGCCCAGUUUAAAUGAUACAGAAAAUGAAUUUCAAAAUCCAUGGUUAUUUUCUGGUUUAAUGGAACGCGGUCGUUGGUACGCAUCUCUCGUUCCUUUAAUUGAUGGUCGUCUUGUUGUGAUGGGUGGUUUUGUAGGUUUUGAUCAUGGAUAUACAGAUAUGUAUUCAUUUGAAAAUAACGAUUUAGUUGAAUUUUUUGAUCCUCAAAUAUUUGCAUCAUCAUCUGAUAAACAAUUGGCUUGGACUAAAGUUAAUGUUAAAUCAACAUUAAAUGGGCCGUUUACAAAUCUUAUUAAUCCAACUUUCAAACCAACACCUGGAAUAAAUUGUACUGCACGUUGUAUAAAAGAUAAUCAAUAUGACGUAUUCAAACUCUAUGAACAAGCUUAUCUGAUGGCUGAAAAUAGAAUCUAUCUAACACGUGAAGGUGAUUGGGUAAGCGCACGAACACAUGAUACAGCCUUUAUGCGUAAAACAAAAGCUACUUAUCAUAUGCAUAUUGGUGGAACUCGACAAUCACCUACUGUACAAUUUUCACCUGGCCCAUCACGAGCUGAAAAUAUUACGUCUUAUGGAACGACAAUUAAUGAUCCAAAUAGUGGACGAAUUCUACUUUUCGGUGGUCAACCGACAUCACCCGGAACUCAAUUGUAUCGAGACGAUACUCAUCAAGGUUAUCAACGUUAUGCCGGAGGUCGAGGUAGUCGAAAAUUAGAAGAAUUCUUUUCUUCAUAUUAUGAAGCUGGUGGUGGUCAUUGGUCUUUAAAAUCAAACUUCUUGGGGGAAGAGUCUCAAGACGAUCGAACAAUGCAUUAUGCAAUACUUUUACCAACAUCACAAGUUCUUAUUAUUAAUGGAGCUAAUUAUGAUUUUUAUGGAUCUGUAAAUUAUCCAAUUUUAUUAACACCAAAAUUUGAUCCAGUAACUGGCGUUUUUCUUUAUUAUAAUAAAACACGUAUGAAUGAAGGCGUAGAAGCGCGUUUAUAUCAUAACGUAGCUCUUCUUCUACCUGAUGGUCGUAUAUGGAUAUCCGGUGGAGGAUCAGCUCGAGCUCUUAUUCAUUACACAUCAUUAUCAGAACAACCAUUGUCUGAACAUAAUUCGAGUUCAGGUAAACAACCGCUACCUGAUAAUAGUAAUGUUCAUCUAGAUUUACAAAUGUUUGAUGAUGGACGAUUAUCUAAAGGUACUCAAGGUUCCUUAACUGUACCUACAGAAACAUGGGUAGCUGAAAUAUUCAAUCCACCUUAUCUUUACAUUGAUGGUCAACGACGUGCAAUGAUUGUUGCACUAAGUUAUGUAAAAUCACUUGAUUAUCAAUUCGAAAGUAUUAUUAGUGGACGACGAUAUUAUCUUCUACAUAGUAAUAGUCAGUAUAAUAUACAUUUAAGUGAUCUACCAAAGAAGUGUUCUGAAAGUAAAAGUGAUAAAUUAGUACUUAUCAAAUUAGGAUCAGCUACACAUGGAUGGGACGGCGGGCAACGUCUUAUAAAUCUUUCUUUUAAAGAAACAUCAUCAUCUACCACCUUACAAUUUACAACACCUGAAGCUCGAAUUGCUUUGAUUGCACCCGGAUUUUAUAUGCUGUUUUAUAUUGAUUGUAUGGGUAAACCAUCUAUUGCUCAAAUGAUUCGUUUUGAUGAUCAAGCUAAAAUGCCUUGA